AGCAAACACAUGAUGAAGCUGCUCUUUGCCCCGUUUGUCGCUUUGAUAAUUGCAGAUGUUUUCACCACACUUGAAGGUUCUUCUAUAAAAAUAGACAUCCGCAGCGAAGGCUGUAAUGAUCCGGGAAAAACGCCAAAUACAUGUGGCAUUGCUUACAUAAAAGUGAAUGGCAAUGAACACUCUAAGAAAAAGAGAGGGCAUAAUGUUGUUGUCCUGGAUGCUGUAACAGGAAUUGUGGAACACUCCGUCAGUUUCGAUACUCAUGGAAAUGGUGCUGCUGGAAACCAGUUGAAAGGCUUUCUUAACGGGAUUACUGGAGACAAAAUAAUCCUAAUUGCAGUCCAAGACGAGGGCUCAAUACAUCUUAAACAAGCUUUUGACGCUUUGACAAGAGUUGGAGGCUACGAUCUGGGCUUUCUUGACUACCGAGGAUCAUAUGCUCUUGUCGGACACCCUGCACGUCAGAAGCCAUCUUAUGUUAAACAAGUACAGAGCAAGAGUGGGCAGGGACCAAGUGUGAUCUCCAUGACAGUUCCACUCAUGAAGAAUCCUUUUGUAGAUAUCGAUAUCCGCAGCGAAGGUUGCAAUGAUCCCAAUAGGACACUAGACACGUGUGGAAUCGCUUACAUUAAAGUCGAUGGAGAGGACCACUCCCGUCAUCUCAGAGGACAUAAUGUUGUUAUUGUGGACCAGAAAACAGCUAGUGUGCUUAAAUCAGAAGCCUUUGAUACUCAUGGGGAUGAGUCCGCGGGAAAUCGUUUAGGAGUUUUCCUCGACGCCCAGGAAGCAGACAAAAUAAUCCUAAUUGCAGUCCAAGACGAGGGCUCAAUACAUCUUAAACAGGCUUUUGACGCUUUGAAAAGAGUUGGAGGCUACGAUCUGGGCUUUCUUGACUACCGAGGAUCAUAUGCUCUUGUCGGACACGCAGGAGAGCAGAGGCCAUCUUAUGUUAAACAAGUACAGAGCAAGAGUGGGCAGGGACCAAGUGUGAUCUCCAUGACAGUUCCACUUACGAUAAGUUCUUCUAUAAAAAUAGACAUCCGCAGCGAAGGCUGUAAUGAUCCGGGAAAAACGCCAAAUACAUGUGGCAUUGCUUACAUAAAGGUGAAUGACAACGAACACUCGAAGAAAAAGAGAGGGCAUAAUGUUGUUGUCCUGGAUGCUGUAACAGGAAUUGUGGAACACUCCGUCAGUUUCGAUACUCAUGGAAAUGGUGCUGCUGGAAACCAGUUGAAAGGCUUUCUUAACGGGAUUACUGGAGAUUUUUGGUGUUUCUCAGAGAGAGAAACUAUGGAUGCAAUAGUAUUAACCAUGCGACCUUUAACACUUACCUCAUUGAAUGAUUGCGCUGAUAAGCUAACCUUUGCCGUGUGA